AUGGCCGCUGGUCAAAAUCAAAUUUAUCGCAUGUGCGCGAGAAAGCUCGAGCGGGUUCUCUCCAAGCAGGACUGCGAUCUUCGCAUCUUGGUUGGGCACUCCAACAUGCUAUCUAGUCUUACACCGGAGCUUAUCAUGGAAGAUGAAUAUGACUAUGAUGAGUUCGGAGACUCCAAUGCCGACAAUAACAACUGCAACUCUGGGGCAGAUAGGGAUGUUUUCGCAUGUCCGGAACACGUUCAAGCUCUCCUCCCCAUGCUCUAUGAAGUCUCUGUGACUGAGAAAGAGCUUCCCUCGGAGGAGAGUGAGGAUUCCUGCGAAGAACAGCAAUAUGUCAUUGAGAAAUCUCGUAUUGUUACGCAUCCAGCCUUGCAAUGUCGCCCGCGGGAUCCUGGACCUUUUUUUGAAUUAUGA